AUGCCGUCUUUUCGCGUCCCUUCGUUCAUUCGACCCCAACACUCUUUUAACCGCCUUCGCUCUUUCCAUUUAGCCCCCAGCAGCAACACACCCAUAGAACAACAGCUUGCCGAAGCACUACCUCCCUCCCAUUUCACCAAGCAGUAUGGAAAACCUGACCAAAGGCUGCAGAAAUCAACCCGACCAACGAUCGCGAAACCUCUCAUACCCCGUGGCGGUGUAAUCUCCUUGAGCACCAAAACCUACAUGUGGCUAGCGAUCAUUCUAUCUCUACUCUUCAUCGCCGCCCUAUCUUGCUCCUUUGCUGGUGCAGGUCCUGAAGACGAUGCCCUGAAACUGAUACUAAACGACGUAUUGACGACCAGCGGGCCAGGCAUCGUCCUUACGGGGGAGAAUGUCGAUGUCGAUGUCGACGAACCUUCCGUUACUAUCCGCUGGGCCAUUUUGGCCUGUGGAGAUGAUUAUACCCUUCCCGGAUCUGUUGGCUUGCACGGUAGCUCUUGCGGUCUACCUGCGAUGCCUUUGGACAUCUACGUUGAUAGCGAUAAUGAACCAACCGCUAGGUACGAUCCCUCGCAAAUACCGUACAACCGCGAUUCAGGAUCGCGCCGGAGCAUUCAGAACCUGGUCCAGUUUGACAGCGACCAUGUCCUGAACGUUGAACAGGCGCGCUUAUACCCCUUCGAUACCUAUUUCUUAUCCAGCACCUUACGCAUAGUGUCGCCUACAAAUCAAACUCUUCCUAUUCGACGACUGGCAACCAUCGACGAGACAUCAAGCUUCCUCGUGAAAACGGUCGAUAUCGAGAGCUACUCCAAUGCCGCCAAUAACACGGAGUCUCCUAGCAGAGACAUUGAUAUGUUUAUCACCCGCCCCGGGAAUGCUCGCGCCUUUACCCUCCUGCUUUUCGGGGUAAGCUGGAUCCUCACCCACGUCACCAUCUGCCAUGUCAUCAUCGCGAGGAUGCUACGGGACGUUAAGCCACUGUUGAAGCAUCUCAUCUCGACGGGGGCCAUCCUUGUCGCCCUUCCACAAAUAAGAAACAGCAUGCCAGACGCUCCCGGCUUGGACGGUGUACUCAUUGAUUGCAUUGGGUUCUUCCCCCAAAUGGUUAUAACGUCGAUAUCUGUCAUUUUCCUACUGAUCAUCCUUGCCGCUCGAGAAUACGAUAUCAUAGGUCGGGGAAGGAGCUCUUCUCGCAGUAGUGGCUCGCAUAGCCUUGCGAUGUCCUCCAGACCUCGACCUCCCCCGGUUCCCAGCCAGAAUGCAACUUCGAAGGAGAUUUCGCAGUAUGAUCUCCACCGCAUGAUCAAACAUCUCAAAGGACAGUAUGUCUUCCCUCCGGUUCAGCCAGGGUCUCCGCACAGGCUGGACACAUCUCGUGAUCUACAACACCGCCGAUCGAAGACACUGUCUAAGAUCAUGGAAGCUGGGGAAUUACAUAGACAUUAA